AAACGUACUGGAUCGAAGAUAAACACGCUGAAGCCACUGUUUUCUACUACAAAAAAGCAGUUGAUUGUUUCACUAUUUGAUGGAAAGUGAUAGCACCAGGAUUCGGGUCGGAUCGGUAGCAAAAUGGGAUACAAAGUAUUGUCUUGUGGGUCUAAUGGCAAUUACCAAUUAGGCAUAUCAGACGAUGAGGACUACAAUACCCUUCAAGCCGCCCAAUUCCAUAUAGAUGAUAAGGUGGUUAGUGAUAUGCCGGACAAACCAAUCAAGAUCGUGUGUGGAGGAAAUCACACGUUUGUUUUGUUUGAGUCAGGAUCACUCUACAGUUGUGGACAGAACACCUAUGGCCAAUGUGCAUUGGCCAGCAGGCAACAUAUAGUUGGAUUCCAUCAGGUGCAAGGUUCUUGGAAAGACGUUAGUGCAGGAUGGGAGUUUUCAGUCUUGGUUAACAAACACGAUGAGUUAUUUGUCUGUGGAUUGGGAUUGAAACACGAAUUGGGAUUGGGUAGCAUCACCAGAACAGAAAUGAAAAAGCUAGAUAUCAAAUUCCCUUCUCCAAUUAACAAAAUUCGUUCUUGUGUGAAUCACACUAUUUUGAUCUUGCAAAAUGGGGAAUUGCACGGUUGGGGGAAUUGCAGGAAAGGUCAAUUGGGUACUUUGGUUGCAAAAGCUAAUGGUAAGUUACCCAGCACCUUGACCUCCCCUACUAAGCUAAAUUUUGGGGUUGAGCAAAUUCUUGAUUUUGACAUUGGUAGAGACGUUACCUAUAUUUACUCGGGAACUCACGUUUAUAUAUUUGGUAAGACAAAAGAAUUGUUUACGGUAGAGAAGCCAAUUGGUUCCUUAAAAUCUAUGUGGUCUUCAGUUCACUAUACUUGUGAUUCCAAAAUCAACUCGUAUGGUAAUAAUAGCCAUGGUCAGUUAAUUCCAUCCACAAGUCCAUGUCCAAGGAGUUUCGAAAUUGGUAGUGAACAUGGCCUUUUACAUGCAAAUAACAAAGUCUAUGCUUGGGGUUGGGGCGAACAUGGCAAUUGCGGUGUUCACUCAAAACCAGUCUCAUCCAAACUAGAGGAUCAAGUCACUUUCAACUACCUAAACGAAAUCUAUUCGGGUUCUAAUGUUAUAUUACUAGGUUGUGGUUGUGCAACUAGUUGGAUUAUAGUAUCUACAGUCUAAAUGUCACGAAGUAUCUUUCCCAUAUUCAUCUAUUGCACCAGAUGAAAAGACAUCAACUGCUCAAAGAUGGAAAAUAUGUUCGACGUGGUUUCUAUAGGACAAGUGUAUCGAUGAUAAAUCAAUAGUUCCAAUCACGUCUGAUCCAAAUCAUACGAUUCAAACCAUUAACACAAAUCAAAACUGAUAAACCAUCUUCUUGUUUAUCCAUUCAAGUAUACUUCAUCUUU